AUGGACGACGAAACUACUGCACGCGAAAACCAUAACGCUCAUUAUUGCAUCUGGUUCCGCUCGGGCUUUAUGGUUGAUGGAGCCAAAAUUGAUAUGACUACCACGAUGUUGGAUAGCCAAGUGUCACUGUCACUUUAUAUCACAGCCGCGGUUCUCGCAUAUGCCUCAUACUCCUUCUGGGAUAUCCCUAAUGCACUCGUCCACCCUGAACAGCCAUAG